AUAUACUGAGAACAAACAAGUUAAUGGAAAACAUGGCUAAGAAGAAUAAUGAGGCAAAUAUUACUCCAUUUAUAACAAUAGUGAUGCUAAUUUUGAUCUCUAAUUCACAAUUAGUAUAUUGUACUGUGGAUGAAAAAUGUUUUAGGAUUUGCAUUCGUGGCUGUUACGCAUUUCCUGGUUGUUACAUUGGAUGUGCAAAAGUAUGUGGGGAAAUUGAUCAAUCCUUAAUUCUCUAUUUUAGUGGAUGUGUGGAAAAUCCUAUAUGUCUAGUAAACUGUAAAAAAACAUGUCAGGAUUCUCUCAAUAGUUCUUCUUCUCCAAUGAACUAUCGCAAUCUUGGUUCUUCAAUUCACAAAUGUGCAAGUUUAAUCAAAGAUGACAAACAAAGCUAAUCCUAUGUCAUAGUUUCCCAUCAUUUCUAUAAUAUUUGCUUUUCUUGAUCCUCCGUUUGGAUUAAUUAGAAGAUAAGUAGUGUAUUUUUUUAGUUUUUUAUUUUAUUUUUUUCACUUGGUGUUUAAUUUUAUAUUGGACUCGGAUUAAUUAAAUUCAUGUUGCGUAAGAAUCAUACAAGGAGGAGACGUUUCCUAUCAAAAUUUUGUUCAUACCCAUAACUCAAACUCGAGACCUCUAAUUAAGGACGAAGG